AGUGCACAAGUUGACAAAUACACACACACGCGCACUACAUUCAAUCGUCUCAAUUGUGAAAUAGAAUCGACAGUGACUCUCGAAAUACGCGAGUGCGUACAUCGUCGCAUUUCAUUUGCAUUUUUCUUCAACACACAUCAAGAGAGAAAAAAAAGAAGAAUUCUUUUUUUUCGUUGCCAUUGAAAAAAUUCGAGAUUUUUAUUUAUUUUUUUUUCUGUUGUGUGUUUUGUUGUGUUAAAAAAACGCGAUUGUGGAAAUACAAAAACCGAGCAGUUUUCGUUUGUUUUGUGAAUUGUUUUGCGUUCAUUAUUUUUCUCUCUGUUGCUGCUGUGUGAUUGUUCGUGCCCGAGUAUUGAUGCGAGAGUACAAUAUAUCUCGUGUAGCCUUCACCCAAGUGGUUUCAUGUGGUGAUUUCACGUGUAUUUUCAUGUGAAUGCGCAGUGAUUGGUGGUUUUGGAAUCAAUUGCUGUACGUGUAAAAUUGGGUAGCCGAACUUGACUUGGAAUCGGUUCUAAAUAACAUCCAUACACGAGACGAAACACAAUAAAUUUGGACACAAUGUCGACCAACGAAAAAUUGGCAAAUCUUGAAAACCGAUUUCCUCGGUUAAAUGGACAACGCCCCGGUCCUCUACCAUUGCCAACGAUGCCCACUCGGCCAAGAAUGACCAUUGACGGAUUCCCAGAACGCCAAACCCGACGCCUCGAACCAGAAAUCGAAAGGAAACUCAAAGAAAUUAUGACACGUAGUGGUAUUAUCACUAUUGAUGGCGCAGAAUACAAAACAGACACCAAGGAAUUGGAUGAUUUGGGCGAAUUGGGCAAUGGCACUAGCGGCCAUGUAGUUAAAAUGCGACACACACCAACCAACAAACCAAUCGCGGUUAAGCAAAUGCGACGAACAAACAAUUCCGAAGAGGAAAAACGAAUUAUCAUGGAUAUUGAUGUGGUGCUAAAAUCACACGAUUGCCCAUACAUUGUACAUUGUCUAGGUUGUUUUAUAACCGAAGCUGACGUAUGGAUUUGUAUGGAAUUGAUGGCCACAUGCUUCGAUAAACUCACCAAAAAAACACAUCAACCCGUACCCGAAGCCAUUCUAGGCAAAAUUACCGUUGCUACGGUAAAAGCUCUACAUUAUUUGAAGACUAACCACGAUGUCAUUCACAGAGAUGUGAAACCAUCAAAUAUACUGAUUGACGAGCGUGGCAAUAUAAAACUAUGUGAUUUUGGAAUUAGUGGUCGUCUAGUGGACUCAAAAGCAAAGACACGAUCAGCCGGAUGUGCCGCAUAUAUGGCACCCGAGCGUAUUGAUCCAAAGAAGCCCGAGUAUGACAUUCGAGCUGACGUUUGGUCGCUUGGUAUCACAUUAGUCGAAUUGGCAACUGGUUCAUUCCCGUACAAGGGUUGUCAUACCGAUUUUGAAGUACUUACGUGCGUUCUGGAGCGAGACCCUCCAAGUCUGCCAAACGAUCAGGGUUUUAGCGGUGAAUUUCAAGAAUUCGUAAAAAAUUGCCUUACGAAAGACUACCGCCAUCGGCCGAAGUAUCCGGAAUUGCUCGAAAGCGCAUUCAUCAAAAUGUAUGAAAAAGCUGAUGUGGAUGUGGCCACCUGGUUUGCAUCCGUCAUGCACGAUCAACAACAACCGAACAAUACCGAACCACGCAGGCAACCAUCACUUGUAGCGGAUAAGAGAUUUAUAAACCAAGUGCCGUCGUCCAUCGAAUCAACGACAGUACCAAUCACAUCAGCAUCUUCGGCGGCGACGACGUCGUCGUCACACAUACCAAUCUAUCAACCAUUUAGCCAUAAAAAAACCAAUUCGAAAUUAAGCAAUGGAUUCAAUACCGAGCCACAGCCCAGUCAAUCAAAUCCAUUUCAAUGCAACGAACCAUCAGACAGCAGCAACAGUCUGCACAAACCUAGUGAAACGAAAUUAAAUGAAUCUAUGUCAUCAAUGCCAAUUGCAAUAUCCUCGCCAUCAUUUGCUCAUCAAUUUUCACCAAUCCUUAGUCGAACGUCAUCGAUUAGCGAACGAGAUAGCCCGUUGCCAAUGAUGCCGAACUUUGUACGCAGUCCACCACAUGUGGCAGCCAUCAUGUCGUCGUCGACGACACGAAAUAUCGACAAUUUUAGUCCGUUAGAAAAAACAAAUUCAAUACUAGCUUCAAAGUCACCGCAACCAACCAUGGAGCAAACUAUGACCAUUCCACGCAAUGACGAAUUUACACCGAGAAUAAGCAAUCUUAACUAUGGUUACCCACAGCCAGAACCAACGAUCGCCACAUUGGAACAUCAACGCAUUGAACAUCUCAGACAAAACGUUUCACCGCAAAUGCUUCAUUUCCAACAGAUCGAAGAGCGCAUGGUCGAUCAACUCAAUGAAUUGUACAAAGCCACCAUGAUGAUGCACACCAACCAAAGGGACACACCACAAAGGACACUUGAACAUGACGAAGUUGACCGCAUUAAUCAACCGUAUUUGCAACAACAGGAACCAAUUUAUAAUCCAGGCCCUCACAAUGCGUUGCAAAGAAACAAUUCGUUAUCACCAUUUCUGCAACGGAAAUACUCACUGCAAGCGCAUCAACAGCGACUGAAUAGCGAUCAGAAUGCGCCGCGCUGGCGCCCACAGUAUGGUCGAUCGAUAAGUGCUACAGCGUCGCCGAAUUUGGAUGCCCAUCGACGUUAUCAAACAGCGAUUCCGGUGCUCGAAACAGACAGACCUCAAAUGGUGCGACUCAAAGGAAACACUAGUCCAAUAGUGCUCCAGCGAUUCUACCAUCAGCAAAAUCAAUUGCGUGAAAAGGAGGCGAAUGGGCAAGCGUACAAUAGUCCAUCGCAUAUCCCAAUUCCGCACCCACAACCGCUAUACAAAUCCGAGUAUGAGAAGCGAAUAAAUGAGUUGAACGAAAAAGAGCACCAGCAACAGUCGAAUCCAUUUUUACGGCAAAUACCAAAGCUAACGCACAAAUUGAACCCAUUCAAGCAGCAGAGUCCAAAGUUGAAUGCGCGCGAAGAGCCACUCUACGCAAAUUCACAUAUUCCAGUGUAUCAGAAAAACUAUGAACAUUAUGAUGGUGUGCCAAAGGAGAAUAUGCAUCGGCAGCGAAUACCUGUGAAUCCACCGGCUGACAUUUACUAUGAGAAAACGGCAUAUCCAGCAGUCGCCUAUGAAGAUCAGCACUAUCCAAAUGAGUACAAAAACGUUUACAAUGCAACCACGAGCGCGAUGAGCAAAGAGAAAAAGAGCAACGGCACCAAAAAUACCUCGGAUGAUCCAGGAUGGUUUAAUUCGCUGGCUGGCAUAGUUAAACGUCGAUUUGCUUCCUACGUUAAAUCCCAUUUAGCCACAUCAUCUGGUGAUGGCAGCAAAAAAGACCGCGAACCACCACAAUACGGACAUCCAUUGCAACCAACGUCACCGUAUCACUUCGACAAAUUGCGCCAAGUUGCACCGACCUCGUCGUCAAUGCCAUCCAGCCCACAUUUCGGCAAUCGACAACACAUCGAUCAACAUUAUGAACAGGAUCGAAUGGCCGCACAUAGUCCACGCGUGUUGAACAACUUUGAUAGGAGGCAUCGUAGCCCAGAUCCACCACCAAGAUAUAACAAGGGUCAAUCACCUUUGUUGCUCCGGAGGAAUUUGCUCGAAUACGGAAACCAUCAGGUCGCUCCAUCACCUUUACUUCCUAGAAGGUACAUUUCGUCUCAUUUUCGACGUCCAAUUUAUUUAUUUUUGCAUUUCUGUGGAUUUUUAAUUCAACUUUUUCCUUCAAAAUCUAUCAUUUUUGAACAAAUUUUUCAUAUUGGGAAAAAUUUCGUGUUGGAAAAAAAUUUGCAUUUUUUAUUUUAUCAUCAUAAUUUCAUUCUCUUAAGAAUAAUUAGGAUUAUUUUGGCAAACAUGUUUGCAAUAAGAUUACAAUCAAUAAUUGUAAAAAAAAUUCCCCAUAUCCUGCCCUCAACUAGGUACAUAAUCUCAACAUCGCCUCCAUUGCCGCCGCCGCGCAAAGGAUCGGAUAGUAUACCCGGUUCACCGCAGCAGCUGCGUGCUCGAAUUCAUUACACGCCCGAGCCCCAGCGUCGAAUUUAUCGGACGGGUAUUGAUCAAUGAGUGGCACUGCAAAUCCUGGCCUUGUGAUCAUCGUACACAUUUGGUGAAUAAAACGAAUAUCAACAUUUGGUGUGUGAUCAUGGUAUGGAUUCGAAAUCAUCAGUCUUACUCUGCUUAAACCGAACUGCUGCCGGUUUAAAUCAACGUUCUUUUGUAUCGAUAUUUAGCUUAUAUACUCCGUAAAUCAUUAUUUUUUUUCGCGUGCUUAUCGCACCAACGUGUGGCAAUCGACUCGCACCAAAAUCAUCGGGUCCUUGAAGUUCUAGUCAAAAUAUACAAUUUCGAAAUCGAA